AUGUCGAGAUUACUCUCAAAGACGGCCGUCCGGGCGGCUUCCACGACGAGUCCAUCUUCUCAAAUGACCAAGGCAGCGGGUGACAUCUCCUCUGUCUUUCCCAGUUUGAGACCGGAUUAUCAGCCUGAGCCUUUGCCCCCAAGGUUCAAGGACUUGAAGGCGAGUCUAUUCGCGAAGAAUGAAGAUGCUUUGAAGCAGAGCUGGAAGAGGUUACUCUACAGCCUGGACGAGGAGGUGCAGAAAAUUAAGGCCAAAGGGAGUGAUAUUAUACCAUCAGUCAACUAUUCAGACAUCAUCUCAGGCAAUGUGUCCAAUGAGAUGCUCGCGGAGAUCCGCCACCGGGGAACAGUGGUGAUUCGUAAUGUGAUGGACCGAGACACAGCCUAUGGCUAUCAGGAGAGAAUUAAAGAUUACGCCGCAGCAAAUAAGGAGCGUGUAAAGGCCUUCCCCCCAGACUCUCCUGCUGUCUAUGAGCUGUACUGGACCCCAUCGCAAGCUGAGGCGCGAUCCCACGCCAACAUGUUGAACACGCAACACUUCCUGCAGCGCCUGUGGCAUUCAUCAGAUCCAAACACUCGCAUCUCCACAAGAAAUCCCUUGACAUAUGCGGAUCGCCUCCGUAUCAGAGGACCCGGUGAUGCCAAGUUCACUCUCGGACCUCAUAUUGACGGUGGCUCGCUUGAGCGCUGGGAAGACCCAGAAUACUCGCGGGUGUACACGAAGAUCCUUGAGGGAAAAUGGGAAGAGUAUGACCCAUUUGACGCCAGACACCGCGUCAAGGCCAACAUGGAUUUGUACAACGGCGCUGGUGCAUGCUCCAUGUUGCGAUUCUUCCAGGGCUGGCUCUCCAUGUCCGAAACAGGCCCCAACGAGGGCUCGUUACAUGUUUGUCCCAUGCUCCGUCAUAGCACAGCCUACACCAUCUUGCGUCCCUUCUUCGAUGCCCAGUCUUCGCAGCCUAACAUCGACAAUACCUUCCCCGGAGCUGUUCCGGGAACUUGCCAAGAAUACAACCCCGUUACGCACCCACACCUCGAUCUGGAGACCACAAUGGUGUCAGUACCCCGCGUUGAUCCGGGUGACUAUGUCGCAUGGCACUGUGACUCGCUGCAUUCUGUGGACAAGGAGCACCACGGAGAUAAAGAUUCCAGCGUGCUCUACAUCCCCGCCACGCCCAUGUGCGAGAUGAACGUGGACUACCUUCUCAAGCAGCGCAAUGCCGCCCUUGCUUAUUCCCCGCCAUGGGAUUUUCCCGGCGCUGGUGGACCCGGUGAAGCUGGUUUCCAGGGUGCGUUGGACUGGUCGUCUGUUAAUACUGAGGGACAGCGUGCGAUGGGCAUUGGAAACAAGGGCUGGGAGAUUACUGAGGAUAUGAGCCAGGGUGAGAAGGAGGCUGUACGCUAUGCUAACAAGAAAUGCUUUGGUGAGGCAUAA